AUGUUCGAGACAGCAUCGAUACUAUUUGCUGUUGAGAGCUCAAGUGACCUGUCCGAUACGGUACUACUUCACUCAAAAGAAAUUAGUAGUGACAGUUUUGGUUUACGGCGUUUUCUGACUACGUACCAGACAUCUCGUACGUUCGAUUUAUCGGCAUUAAUUUCACAAUAUCAACGUACAUGGAUUCUAUAUACAAAAUUAUUGAUAUUCAAUAAUUCAGUAUUGAAUAUGGAAGAUUCCCCGAUAUAUAUGUACAACACAGAAUAUAAUCAGUUGAUAUUCGACACGGGCUAUUCUAUGUCUAUUUGUUAUGGUGCUUUGACAUCAAUGAACAAAUUUCGUUGUUAUUCUUCACACUAUUAUAAGAGAAAAACAUGUAAAUGGAUAAUGAGAUUUAAUUUGAAUAAAUUUGAAAUUGAUGACUUACAACGAUCACCAUUCAGACGAGUUAUUACCGUACAACAUAUUGAUCGUGGAGUCGUCGUUGAUGUUCAUAAAUAUGGGUUUAUUUUACAUAUCUGUAUUAGAGGUAAUCCAGCCGAAUAUAUUCAAGCGAAACCAGGUAUGUAAUUACUGUUUUGUGUUGAAAAUAAUGGGAUAAAGUUCUUUUUUUCAACAAAAAAACAAGGUCAUUUGCAAAUAAUUUACUCAGGGUCAAAAGAAUUACGCGAACUUUAUCUUAGUCAAUAUAUAUAUACCUUCACUUUCAUACUGGAAGAAAAAGAAAGAAUCAAAAAAGAAAAUUUCAAAAGAACGCAGAAAAAAGUUCUGAAAGAUAAUAAAUUUUUGUUCUUAAGCAAUGAAAUCAUUUCUUCCAACAACAACAAUGGCAUAAUAAGUCUUUUGUAAUAGAGAUUGUACAGUACAUGCAAAUAACUAAUGCUUUGUUAGAUUUACAAGCAGAUAUUUUAAUUUAUUUAUAUAACAAACGUUUUAACCUCUUUAUUGAGGCCUUCCUCAGUGAGAAGAAAAUAAAAUAAAUUAAAAAUAAAAAUACUUAAAUUCUGUUAACGUGUUAUUUACAGCAGAUGUAAAAUUGUAGUAUGACUGUUAAUAAAAAUUUUUAACUGCAUACUUUUCUUUUUCCUUUCCUCUCACAAGGCGUAUUCAUUUUUCUCUAUCCACGGACAGAAGAACCAAGAUGUACCUAUAAAUAAGAAAUUUUAAUUUCUUAUUACUGUGGAAGGCCUCAAUAAAGAGGUCGACACGUUUGUAAUAUAAAUAAAUUUACAAAAUUAAAGGUUUAAUUGUAACUCUAAUAAUUUAUGCAUUUCGUAUCAGCCAAGUCUAUUUUUUGAAAUAAUUAAUGCUGCUAGUGAGAGUGCAUUACGGCUCUUGUUACCAGUACUGCAGAUAUUCCAUAUAUUCCAUCACUCGUGACAGUAAUACUGAACUCUACUUCUAUUGGUAAAAAUAAUAUUUAGCACUCAGAAAAGUAGCAUUACUUUCCAGUAAAGUAACAACGCGCAAAACGCGUAACAGUUCUUGGCCUAGUUCUGCAGUGCAGACAUUGAUGGUUCGAUCAGUGGUUAGAUUACUGAACAAACAACCAGGAAAUCCGCAGUAUCAGAGAUGUACCAUUUUUUUUACUCAUAGUCAUUAAUACUGCGCCUCCACCUCCUUUCUCCAAACCACGAUCUUAGCCUACGACCCGAAAUAUUAAAUAAAGAACAGGUUUUUUGUAUAAAAGUGUCAACAGUGUAUCAUGUCAUCAAAUUUUUCUAGCACACUUCUCAAUGAAGUGCUUGUGCCUUUCGAAGGAAUGCGAUCAAGGGCUGGAGAGAGUCUCAUUUUGAAGGGCUAAUUCUCUUCUCACAAGAAAAAAGAUUUUCGGAUAAGAGACUGAGGCGACAGCCCGAUUAAAAACAUUUUACACAUGUACUAAUUCAAAGUGCAUUCUGGAAAACAUGCAAAAAACCUUUUUAGACCUUCCUAUGCCUGAGAUAUUUUCAUUUUUCAAAAAUUGGGACUAAAUAUAAUGUAUUAGUGCGUGCCGAGAUGCUCAGCGAUCAGCGUCGAAUUUUGUGGCCAGGACUAUACGCUUUGAAAAAAUGCGUGUUUACAGAAUGUUGCCAAAGACGUAGAUGUCACUUUACGACUACAUUCAGUAAACACUAUGUCUAUCUGAGACCAACUAAUUCCAUAGGAAAAAUAUUAAAAGGACGUGGGCCAUUAAGGCCCUUUUCUGGCCCAAAACAUUCUCGGCUUUUUUGCAUUGGAAUGAUGUCUGGGCAUGCCCAGGAACAUUUUCAGAUAGUGUUUUUUGCGAAAUCUCUCGGUCGGAUUUUCGAGGCCUGAGGUCCCCCUCAGGG